AAGAAAGGGUAUUAUCGUAAAUUCACUAGAAUUCUGUCCAAGACUACAAAAGUCGUCUCCCGGAAAAUGCUCUCGCCGAAAAAUAUCCCAAUUUUGCCUUCUCCCCCUUCGCCUUUCCCCGCCAAUUUUCUUUUCCUUUUCAACUCCGUUUCUCUCGUUCUAGGGUUCUUUUGUGUCUUAAAUAACUAUCAAAAACCCUAUUAUUUUUGCUGUGAAACAAAAAAUUUCUUCACUUGCAGUUCGAAUUUGAUAGCGGCGAAUGCUGAUCGAUGUCUCUAUGUGAUUUGUCACUUCGUCUAAUCGAUGACAAGCUCCGGCGCUUCGAACCACCGAAGUUUCGGCCCUGAGAAGGCUUGCCGGCUUACGAAUACUGUACACUCGGAAGUUGCACCUUGCUUGCCUUUGCCAUCACUUCCGGUUUUCUGUGGAGCUGUUGAUCACGAGCUUCGACUGUUCGAUGAAUCGAGUGGUGCUUCGUCGUUGGAUAGGAAGGAUGUUCUUGCUCAGGCUAGUAAGAUUGCUGAUCUGCUCAGAGACACUGAUGUUUCUUACCUGAACCUUAGAGAUUCCACAAAUCCUCCUGUGUACAGCUCUGCAGAGGCAGCAGAGCAUUCUGUGCUUUUUAACAAAGUUCUCCAGCACAAUUCUGAAGCCUUUGAGUAUUCUGUUCCAGGUCUUAUCCAGGAGCCAACGUGUAGUAGUUCAGCAUAUGAGAAGGAACCUUUCCAACAAAAUGCUCCCAUUGUUAGUCAAGCACAAAGAGAUUAUGGAGAAAAUUCUAAUCAUUCCUUGGGCAGGAAUGUUGUUAAUGAUAUACCAAAUUCGGUUUCUUCAAAGAAACCCAAAGUCAGGAAGAAAGGAAGUGACGACAUCUCUUUCCCAAGUGGACCGGAUUCUUCCGAGAUCCAAGAUGGUAUCAUCAAAGGCUUUUGCAAGGUGGUGGAGGACUUAUGUUCAAGAGCAGAAUCCCUUAAUGAUGAUGAGGAUGAAGCGGAAUGGACUUCAUUGCCUCUUGCUGAUCUUAAAAUGCUUGGAAAUGAAGUCAUUUCUAUCUGUGCAAAGAAAAUUCUACACUUGGUUCCUGUGGAUAAUCUUGUAAAACUUCUAGAUGUUCUGGAUCGUCAAAUUCGUCGUGCAGAAGGAUUGUCCAUUGUUGAAAAUGAAACUGAUGAAUCGGAUAUUGUCUCGGUGGUUAUGUGUGGAUUGGAGUCCACUCAUGUGGCUUUAGCUGUGAUGGCUCAUCAUGACAUGCCAAAGCAGCUCUACAAAGAAGAGAUCAUUGAAAGAAUUAUGGACUUCUCUAGGCAUCAGAUCAUGGAAUGCAUGUCAGCUUGUGAUCCAUCAUACCGUGCACUGCAUAAACCGAGUGAAAAUGGAGCGCUUGGGGGGGAGGAUGAUGAAGAAACAGAUACUGAAUUUGGUUCUGCAAACAAGAAGCGACGAAGUAUUAAGAGUGUUAAAAUGAAGAAGUCAAGCCUUAACAAGGUUUCUGCUGCUGUAAAUACGCUUCUUCAGAAACUUUGCACCAUUCUUGGUUUCCUUACGGAUCUUCUGUCAAUAGAGCGCCUAUCAGAUAGUUGCAUCCUACAGUUGGUUAAGACAAGCUUUGGAACCUUAUUGGUGGAUAACAUCCAGCUCUUGCAGUUGAAGGCCAUCAGUUUAAUCUGCGGGGUAUUUUCUUCAUACACACAGCAUAGGAAUUUUUUGAUAGAUGAAACAGUGCAGUUGCUUUGGAAGCUACCAUCUUCUAAGCGAGCUCUUAGGACUUACCAUCUACCGGCUGAAGAGCAAAAGCAGAUACAGAUGAUCACUGCCUUGCUGAUUCAGUUAGUUCAGUGUAGUGCAAACCUUCCCAAAGCAUUGAGGCAAACACAAAAUGGCAGUCGAAUCUUGGAGGUUUCAAUUGAUGCUAGUUUUCCAACCAAAUGCCAUGAAGCUGCCACAGAGGCAUGUUGUCUUUUUUGGUCUCAUGUUCUUCAGAGACUUACUACUGCAAAAUCUCAUGAAGCAUCUGAGUUGAAGUUGAUAUUAGAGAAUUUUGUUAUGGAUCUUCUUACAACGUUGAACUUACCUGAAUAUCCUGCUUCUGCUCUUAUUCUUGAGGUUCUAUGCGUCUUAUUGCUCCAAAAUGCUGGACUUAAAGCCAAAGAUAUAUCUGCACGUUCCAUGUCCAUUGACCUUCUUGGAACAAUUUCUGCGAGGUUGAAACGGGAUGCUGUCCUCUGCCGUACAGAUAAGUUCUGGAUUGUACAGGAGUUGGCUGAUGGAGACACAGACGAUCAUGAGUAUCCAAAUGAUGUUUGUUCUGUUUGUCUUGAUGGAAGGGGUGGGAAGUUGUCAUUUGUAUGUCAUUCUUGUAAGAGAUUGUUUCAUACAGAUUGCAUGGGGGUAACAGAACAUGAAGUUCCUACCUGUGGCUCGUACUGUCAGUUUUGCCUCUGUAAGAAGCAACUAAUUGUUCUACAAUCAUAUUGUAAAUCGCAGAGCAAUGAAUCCAUAGAUGAUGGAAAAAAGAGUCAACAUGUGUCAGAAAGAACUUCUGAAACUUCAGAACCAAUUACAAAAUUGGAGAUUGUUCAACAAAUGCUUUUGAAUUACCUCCAGGAAGCCAGUUCUGCAGAUGAUGCAUAUCUUUUUACUCGCUGGUUCUAUCUUUGCCUAUGGUUCAAAGAUGACCCCAAAUCACAGGAGAAGUUAAUUUACUAUCUUAGUAGACUUAAGUCAAAAGCAAUUGUGCGGGACUUUGGCACUCUUUCUUCAUUACUAAGAAGGGAUUCGGUGAAAAAGAUAUCUUUAGCAUUGGGGCAAAAUAAUUCUUUCUCGAGAGGAUUGAAUAAAAUUCUUUACUUGCUUCUGGCAAGUUUAGGAGAGAACUCUCCUAUAAUAAGGGCCAAAGCAAUGCGUGCGGUUAGUAUAAUUGUUGAAGCUGAUCCGGAGGUUUUGUGUGAGAAAAAUGUUCAAUUGGCUGUUGAAGGAAGGUUUUGUGACUCUGCAAUUUCUGUUCGGGAAGCUGCUUUGGAACUUGUUGGUAGGCAUAUUGCUUCACAUCCGGAUGUUGGAUUGAAGUAUUUUGAAAAAGUUGCGGAGAGAAUAAAGGAUACUGGAGUCAGUGUUCGCAAACGAGCUAUCAAAAUAAUCAGGGAUAUGUGUACUUCCAAUGCAAACUUUUCAGAAUUCACAAGUGCCUGCAUUGAGAUAAUUUCUCGUGUUAGUGAUGAAGAAUGUAGUAUACAGGAUCUUGUCUGCAAGACAUUUUAUGAGUUCUGGUUUGAGGAGUCUUCUGGAUUCCAUACUCAGUUUGUUGGAGAUGGUAGUUCUGUUCCAUUGGAAGUUGCAAAAAAGACUGAGCAGAUUGUUGAGAUGUUGAGGAAGAUGCCAAAUCAUCAACUUCUUGUGACAGUCAUAAGGCGCAAUCUUGCACUUGAUUUUUUUCCACAAUCUGCUAAAGCUGUUGGAAUUAACCCUGUCUCACUUGCAUCGGUACAUAAACGUUGUGAGUUAAUGUGCAAAUGCUUAUUGGAAAGGAUAUUGCAGGUAGAGGAAACAGUUCAUGAAGAUGUGGAAAUGCGUGCACUUCCUUAUGUGUUGGCUUUGCAUUCAUUUUGUGUUGUGGAUCCAACUCUCUGUGCACCAGCUUCUGAUCCAUCACAGUUUGUGGUUACUCUGCAGCCAUACCUUAAGAGCCAGGCUGAUAAUCGAGCAAUAGCACAACUGCUGGAGAGUAUAAUCUUUGUAAUUGGGGCUGUUCUACCGAUGCUCAGAAAGCUUCCUCAAAGUGUUAUUGAAGAACUUGAACAAGAUCUGAAGCAGAUGAUUGUUCGGCAUUCAUUCUUGUCAGUUGUCCAUGCUUGCAUCAAGUGCCUUUGCUCACUGAGUAAAGUAGCGGGGAAAGGUGCAAGUUUAGUUGAAUACCUAAUUCAGGUUUUCUUGAAACGCUUGGAUGCCCUUGGAGUUGAUAAUAAGCAGCAAGUUGGUCGGUCACUUUUCUGUCUGGGGCUGUUAGUCCGAUACGGCAACGAGUUACUGGUUUCGUCAAAUAACCAAAAUAUAGAUGUUAUUAAGAGCCUGAGCUUGCUAAAAAAAUAUCUUUCUUCAGAGGAUUUUGUCAUAAAGGUCCGAUCAUUACAGGCAUUAGGUUUUGUUCUGAUCGCUCGGCCUGAGUAUAUGUUGGAGAAGGAUGUCGGGAAAAUAUUAGAAGCAUCACUAUCGUCAGGUUGUGAUGCUCGUCUUAAGAUGCAGUCAUUGCAAAACCUAUAUGAAUAUCUUCUUGAUGCUGAGAGCAAGAUGGAAUAUGAGAAGACUGCCAAUAAUGUGGUCCACCAUCCUGAAGGUGGUGGUCAAAGCGUCCCUGUUGCUGCUGGCGCUGGUGAUACUAACAUUUGUGGUGGAAUAAUUCAAUUGUAUUGGAAUAAUAUCUUGCAUAGAUGCUUGGAUGUGAAUGAACUAAUUCGUCAGUGUGCCCUUAAGAUUGUGGAGGUUGUGCUACGACAAGGUCUGGUUCACCCAAUUACCUGUGUUCCAUACCUUAUAGCACUUGAAACAGAUCCACAGGAGGCAAAUGCAAAGCUGGCACAUCACUUGCUAAUGAACAUGAAUGAGAAGUAUCCUGCCUUUUUUGAAAGCCGUUUAGGUGAUGGACUUCAGAUGUCCUUUGGUUUUAUCCAUUCCAUUACUGGCAACUCUCUUGAAUGUUCCAAUCAAAAUAAAGUACCUGGAAACCUGAAGGGGCGAUCUGAUAGUAUUUCUUUCAGUUAUGCAAAACUUGGAGUUUCUCGAAUCUACAGGCUUAUUCGGGGAAAUCGUGUUUCUAGAAACAAAUUUAUGUCCUCAGUUGUGCGUAAAUUUGAUUCUCCAUCUGGGAACCAUUCAUUGAUCCCCUUCCUGAUGUACUGCACAGAGAUCCUCGCUUCCCUGCCAUUCACUAUACCGGAUGAACCUCUUUACUUGAUCUACACUAUAAAUCGAGUCGUACAAGUUCGGGCUGGGGCACUUGAGGCUACCAUGAAAGCCUUUAGUUCACAUUCCAUGCAAAUGGAUACACAUUCUGUUCCUAUUGAAAAUGGGUUAAUUCAGAAAGAUUUGACUGGCCACCCCAUUUCUUAUCACACUAUUCCUGUGGACACAAAAGGGCAUUCUAUGACCUCACCUUCUUCUAAUGAAAUCUCUGAAGACGACCUGCAAAAAAUCCAGGCUGAAUGUCACGCUGCAACUGCUUUGCAACUCCUUUUGAAGCUAAAGAGACACAUAAAAAUUGUAUAUAGUCUAAAUGAUGCCCGAUGUCAGGCAUUUUCUCCAAAUGAACCUCUAAAACCAGGGGAAGUUCUAUCGAAGCAGAACGUUCCCUUUAACAUCAGUGAAACGCGCACCAAUUUUCCUGCUUCUUAUGAAGAAGUGAUCGAGAGAUACCAGGAACUCAAGGCUGCAUUGAAGGAAGACACUGUUGACUACUCCACCUACACAUCUAGUGUGAAGAGGAGGCGCCCUCCAGCGCGGAACUCCAGAGGUGGAAAAUCUGUCCGUGAGCCAAGUGCAUAUGAUGGAGAUGGUGACAUUUAUGAUGAAGAUUGGACUAGUUCAGCGCGAAGGGUGAACUACAGUGCCCGGAGAGGCAGUGGCAGUAGAGUGAGGUAGACAAGGUUGGUAAGUAUAAUUAGUAGCUGACAUGUAUAUUAUGUAGGAUGUAAGGAAGCAGAAAAAGGAAAAGAUUAAAAAAGAAAAAGAAAAGGAAAAAGAAAACUAGAAAUAGGAUGAAGGAAGGUGGUUAGGGGCCACUUAAUUUUUGUUGGCUAAAAUAGUUAGGGUAGUGAUCUCUGUAGCUGUAUCCUCCUUUCAUUUGCAAUGCACCUUACUAAUUGUAACCCCAUUUUUGUCAAUGAAAAUUCAUUUGCAUU